CCAUUAAUUUUUCUACCAGUUAUUCUUUUUACGUAAAGUGAAAAAAAUAGAUUUUUAGAGAAAAACUGAGGAUUCAACGACUUCUUCGCUAAAACAGCUAUGUCAGAUCCCUUAGAUAAAGCUCACGAUCCUAAAAAAGUCGACAUUACUAAUUCAAACAGAGGCUUAUGGCUUAUUCCAAAGUAUGUCUCAGAUAGAUGGGAAAGUUCUUCAGGAGACGGCCAAGUAGGGACUCUGAUUGUUAAAAAGCCAAGUGAUAAAAAUGGUAAAUCUGACGUGCGUUUUCACCUAAAAGACGAACUGGUAAACGGAAAGUCGGGUGAUGAUUCGAAAAUCCCAAAAGAAUUAAAGUUUAACAUGAAUACGUUUAACAAUGAACACUUUUAUGCAAUGAGUCAGACUCCCUGCUACGAUGCCUCAGGAAAAACUCUUCUUCAAUAUCAAGAGAGAGUAGCUAUCACUGGUCGAAUAAAGCAGAAAGCCGAUGGCGUGCCAAUGCGUGAUGAUAAUACAUACUUGAAAAUGAAAUCUAAGCAAGUUCUGAAGAGAAAUGAGCCAAUCAGAAAGGUUAUACAAACGAAUGAAGUCUGUGUUAUUAAACCUCUCAGUCGUUCAUCUCACGAUACAAGUCGUAAAGACACUACAAAGAAGGUCAGAGGAGAAAAGGACCAGGUUCAAGAACGACUUUUUGCGGCUUUCGAAAAGCAUCAAUACUAUAAUAUCAAGGAUUUACAGACUCUCACUCAACAACCCAUUGCUUUUCUGAAAGAAAUACUAAACGAACUCUGCAUUUACAACACGAAAGCUCCACACAAGAAUAUGUGGGAAUUGAAACCUGAGUUUAGACAUUACAGCAAAUAA